GUGUCUUUGCAGCGUUGUCGUGUUAGCUUUGCCCAGUGUUGCUGAGGAGGGGCGGUGCUUCUGCAAAGACAAGUACAGUCGCCUCACUCUGCGCUCAUUCCCCGCACAGACCUGAGCUCGGCUUGCGGACUCUGAUUCGGCUCCAGCAUCGCCUGCAUUCUUCUAGAAGGUUAGCAAGUCCGCGGCAGUUUGCUCGGGUUUGUGUGUUUUUUUUUUAAAAAAAAAACAUAAACAAAUAAUAGCCGACUUUGAAAUCGAGAAUCUGCAAGUAGCUUUCGGCAGGAAAAGUGUUUUUACAUUACUGUUUAUCGCACGCCAGCAGCCGGUGCAGACUUCGCAAACACCCACUUCUAUAAGGAUCAGUAAUGUUGGUGAGGACGUAAUCCCUUCACACCAUCCAAAAGAACCGGCUUACCUUGGAAGAGAACCAUUCCUCCCGCUGGAAGAUGAUGGCUGCAGCGUGCUGAAGCAGGACGACCUCCGUCUCCCCCAAUCUCACUCCCACUCUCACUCUCUGUCUCUCAAUGACUUCCCGGAGUCAAAGCUACUUCCACCAGCACCAGCAGCAACCGCACCGGAGCUCAGUGGUGCCCACGUCAUUGCCCAGGCUGGUGCACGAGACCAGUGUGCUGGGGGGGAUCGCGCAGAUCACCCCCUCCCUCUUCCUGAGCCGGGGCAACGUGGCCUCCAACCGCAGCCUCCUGCUGUCCAAGGGCAUCACCUGCGUGGUGAACGCCACCAUCGAGCUGCCCAACUUCAACUGGCCCCACGUGGAGUACGUGAAGGUGCCCCUGGCCGACGUGCCCCACUCCCCCAUCUCCCUGUACUUCGACAGCGUGGCCGACAAGAUCCACAGCGUGGGGCGCAAGCGGGGGGCCGUGCUGGUGCACUGUGCCGCCGGGGUGAGCCGCUCCGCCACGCUGUGCCUGGCGUACCUCAUGAAAUACCACCGCAUGUCGCUGGCCGAAGCCCACGCCUGGGUGAAGUCGCGCCGGCCCGUCAUCCGCCCCAACGCCGGCUUCUGGAAGCAGCUCAUCGAGUAUGAGCGCAAAUUGUUCGGCAGGAGCAGCGUCAGAAUGGUGGCGACUCCCUACGGGGUCGUUCCCGACGUCUGCGAGAGGGGCCGCAGGAACCUGCCCCCCUACUGGGGCAUUUAGAGGAGGGGAGAGGGGGACAGGGUAGAGUGGAGUUCUCCCUUCGACGCUUUCCAGGCCUACUGGAGCGUGAAGAGCAGUGGUUCCUUUUUUUUGUCCCCCCCCCCCCCCCCCUCAAGAGUUUGGUUUCAGAAACCAAACUAAAAGCUGUAACAGCCUCUUGUGGCCCUGGGUAUGUUUUUUCCCCCCCAUUGGUUAUUACUGUUUCCUGAAAUUCCUGGGUUUAUUUAUUUCUCAAAUCGUCCAAAAGGCAAAUCCAAAAGAAAAGAAAAUCGUUGAGGUCACAAGAGGUUAUAGUCUCUAAUGCACACCGCAAGGAUUCUACAAGCAAAAUGGAACACGGAAAUAUUUCAUUUAUUUAUUCAUUUUGGAUUAUUUUAUUAUUAUUAUUUUUUUUUUUAAUUGUUGAACAUCCUGGGGCAAGCAUGGAGCAGAGUUCCCUGCUCCCCUAAAUCCUUCAGCUCUGUACUCCACAAUCCUGACACCCCAAGUGUCUCUCAGUCCUAAGCUAGCCUGGUCCUGGGAACCCAAACCACUGCAGCCAGCGCGCCUGUCUGUACAGAACAGGAGCAGAGGGGAGUGGCUGCAAACUUUGCAGAUUAAUAAUUGUCGUACUGUGUGUGUCAAAACCAGCUGGAGGUGGUAAUGAUGUAUCUGUGCGCCAUUAGAGGAUCUUUUCUGUAAUCCGAUUUCGAUGCUUUACCGGGGGGGGGGGGUCAAUCUGCUACCAGACCCCUGCAAUUCUGUGGGCAGCCUGUCUAUUGGGCUAAGGUGAUAUCAGUUCAACUGCUGUGUAUGAAACACAAGAGGAGUUUAAGAGUUCAGCAGGGAUGUUUAGUUUGGGGUUAAGCUAGCAUUUAUCUUGUAGGCAAAGUGUCCUUAAUAGAUUAGCCAUAUGGGUGAACAUAUGAGCUAAGUGUUUUUUUUUUUUUUAUAUGUGCCAUGUCCAGUUCAAUGCGCUACCAUCUCAACACACGCUCUCCGCGAGGUGAACCCCUGCCCCGCGGGGAAACAGUUUGGUGCACAGACUCUUCAGCCUUUAAAAUACUUUAUAGAUUCUCUCAACUUUCAUAGCGUUUUGUGGAGUUUGAGUGCACAGAAUACCAGAACGGUUAAGAAAAUUAACAUGCGUUUCCUAAACGUACUUAAAACAAACACGUGAUUGAUGGAGCAGAAGAUGAAAACGCUGUUUAGGGUGCAAGCACUCCGUACUUGCGCAGAACGACCACGAUUACUUCACCAAGGCUGCCGUGAUAAAGCAAAGGAAGGGGAAUUUUCAAGCAGUUGAACAGAGUUGCUGAAAUCGAGGGGUUUUGUCACCUAGGGUUAUUAAGCACGUGCUGUGGAACGAGACAAAGAGCACAAACAAUCCGAGGUCACUUUUACUGCAAAGCAGAAGAGACAAGUGAAACCUUCGAGCCUUUAGCUUUGCAUUGCUGAACGAUGGGGGAGGGGGGGGGUACGUUUCAAAGCCUGUCUGAAAACCAGAGAGAUGUUGGAUCCAUUGUUCUGGACUGCCUCGGAUUCAAUCUUCAGCCUGAGAAAUCACCAAUAAAAAAUAAGAAACCUCA